AGGCUCAGUGGCUUACGCGGUAGCCUGAUGAGUGUAAUUUCAUUUGUGCAAAAACAUUAAAUUUUCGCUGCCUCUCGGUAAAGCGACUCAGUCGCCAACCGAACGUUGAGACGAAAGCAUCGUGAGAUAGUUUUAAAUAUUAUCGCGCCCCGUAGUGUGAAACGAACAAAUAGUGCAAAUUAUCAGCCAUACCUUUGGCACGUUGCUGCAAAAAAGGCAUUUCAAAUAUCUGAAGGGAAAUUGACAAAGGACAUUGCGAGCCCGUAAAUAGCAAUUAUUUGAAUUAUUGCUUAAUUCCAACCUUGUUUCUAACAUACUCAAGUGAAUUCUGUGUGGUACAUAUAUGUGUUAUUUAUUUCUAUAGAAUUCAGUAACAAGCUGCAGAAAAGGAGAUAAAAAGGUGUGUGAAGAGGAAACUUUACUCAAACAUAAGAAUAAAUUAUAAGUGCACGAAGAAAAAACUGGAUAUAAACUUAAUCAUAAAGUGAAAAGGAGAGAAGGUGCAACAACAGAUAACGCGUUGCUUUUGAACGUCUCAGCUCCACUGCCACAAUGACGUCUGUUAUGUUAAUGGAGAACACUAUUAACAAUAACAACAACAAUAUCACCAAAGACAACAAUGAAAUAGCCAAUGGUGAAGUAAACAGGGAGCACUACCUACGUGAACUCACUAAGACAUUCACCGGCAUUGAGAAGCCACUAAAAAACGCGCCUACAUGCGCGACGCUCACCGACCUUAUCAGCGCCCUACAUGAGGCCUUCGCAUCCGAUCGCGUGAACAUCGAAGUCGUAAAUCAUCUCCUGCUCAGCUAUCAGUCCAACCCGUCCGAGUGGCGAAAAUUUGCCAAGUUCGAUCGUUUUAGAUACACUCGCAAUCUGGUUGACGCUGGCAAUGGAAAGUUCAAUCUGAUGAUCCUCUGCUGGAAUGAAGGACAUGCUUCGGCUAUCCACGACCAUGCUGACUCACACUGUUUCAUGAAGAUGCUCAAAGGACAAUUAACGGAGGUGCGUUUCGCAUGGCCUAAAGAUAAGACUGUGAACGAAGAUAGCAUAGCCCACAUUGGAAAUGAUAACGGUUCGGACGAAAUCGAGUACGAUGGCGAAGAGUUGGAGGAAAUCUCCCGAUCCUCCUUGGAGACAAAUGGAGUGUGCUACAUUAACGAUAAUCUCGGGCUUCACCGAGUUGAGAACCCAAGCCACUCAGACGUUGCUGUAUCGCUGCACUUAUACUGUCCCCCCUUUGACACGUGCUCUAUCUUCAACAAGCAGAAUGGCAAACGCACCAAGUGCAAGGUUACUUUCUGGAGUAAAUACGGCAAGAGACAAGCUCAGGACAACUAGACGCAAACCGGCACGAUGUUCAACUCUGCUUUCAACUGACUGUGAAAAGCUUCAAAAGCACGGAUGUAUAAGAGUGAGAUUUGAAUGAAUUUCUAGCAUUCAGGCCUUUUUAAAUCUAAAGUUAUAGGAUUAGAAAUGUUUGUUUUAUUAUAAAGAUAUAAACAGUUUUAUAUCUUAACAUUUUCAAUCAUUGCAUUUAAUUUUGUAUAUGUAAUUUAAGAUAAAUAAAUAAAAACAGGCUACGAAA